AUGCUGAGCGGCGGCACCGAGACGCGCGUAGACCUGGUGCCGCAGACGCCGCAGCUCAUCGCUCUGUACACGGUAAUAAGGGAUCGCCGCACCAGUCGUGGUGAGUUUGUGUUCUACGCGGAUCGAAUCAUUCGACUCCUGCUCGAGCACGCUUUGAACCACAUCCCGCUGGUACCGCGUUCCGUUGUGACCCGUCUGGGUGUCAAGUUCGACGGACUCGCAUACCACGAGAAGAUCUGCGGAGUAUCUAUCGUGAGAGCGGGAGAGGCGUUCGAGAACGGGCUGCGGCAGAUAGCGCGAGCCGUUCGGGUCGGUAAGAUCCUGAUUCAGAAGCGUGAAUCGGGGCAAGCACGUCUCAUUUCCGUUCGCUUGCCACGAGAUGUGUCGCAGCGAUGGAUCCUGGUCAUGGAUCCGAUGCUGGCGACCGGAGACACAGCGAAAACAGCCAUUCAAGUUUUAGUUAAAGCCGGGGUUCCACUGGAGCGUAUACUAUUCGUGAGCAUGUUCGCCUGUCCGGAAGGCAUCCAAGCAGUUCUGGAUGCCUUUCCGCGAGUCACGCUGGUGACCGGUGCUAUCGAUGCUGGUCUCACGGCGGACAAAUUUAUAACGCCGGGUCUCGGCGACUUUGGCGAUCUCUAUUUCGGAACAUGUGAGGAUGAUCGUGAACCGAGUUUUACGGACUCAGAGCGAGGAAGUUUUGACUGGCUGGCGCAUGCAGAGGUGUGA